ACGUGGGAAAAUCGGACUUAUCGGGAAAGUAGCAAUACCUACCGAGGAACAUACUGAUUCGCCAUCAUGUAGCUCGUAUUCCCGAGCGUCGCAUCAUUAGCCGAGUUGCCUUCAAGUUGCAUACAUAUAUACGCGGUUCCAAUAUGAGUCUUUGCCAAGGUCUCUUCCAUCUCCCACUUAUAUUUGGAAGGAUAUUCGUUUCCAUCGCUGCAGUGAUAUGUGCAGGUGUGCCAAUUCCAGUAUUAGAGUUGAUGCAGCGCCAUCUCAAUUGAUAUUCAAUUGACCAAGAUGAGAUUCGUGGGAACAGUCGCAUGCCUUUUGGCCGUGGCAUCGGCCAAUGCCAUCAGAGACUUGAGGACUACAUUAGCAACGAGGGACAACGAUCCUGGGUCACGAGCACAACUAACGUACCCAGCCAACUAUUUCGACCAAGUUAUCAAUCAUUUCCCCAACAACUCUCGCUACGCCCCUUACGACAAAGGAACGUUCAAACAAACUUACUAUUACGACUACUCGUACUACAAGCCUGGCGGGCCCGUAUUUCUCUACAUCGGCGGGGAAACCAGCGGUCGAAGCCGCUGGUCCAACCUACAAACAGGCAUAAUCCAGAUUCUAAUGCAAGAGACCAACGGCCUGGGCGUGAUCCUAGAGAACCGAUACUACGGCACCAGCUACCCCUUCAACGACAGCACGACGGAUCACCUGGCGUAUUUGACAACAGAGCAAACCAUUGCCGAUAAUGCCUAUUUUGCGCAGAACGCCGUAUUCCCCAAUGUCACCGGGAACCCAGAUCUGACGGCACCGGGCACGCCCUGGAUCUUGUACGGCGGUAGUCUGGCUGGGGCGCAAACCGCUUUUUCCAUCAAGGAAUACGGCGACGUGCUGUACGGGGGCAUCGCAUCCAGUGCGCCUAUUGUGGUCACGCAGGCGUAUCCGGACUGGUACGACCCGAUCCAGAAGUACGGACCAACGGACUGCAUCGCGCGCAUCAACGCCAUAGUCGAUAAUUUUGAUGCCCUGGUGCGGGACAACUAUACAUCCGCCAUCCAGCACUUCCAAUCCCUCUUUGGCCUCGAAUCCCUAACGGCUCUCCGCGACUUCGCGACAACCAUUAACUACCCUAUCGGCAACCCAGGGUUCUAUAGUACCAACACAUGGCAAGAGCUAAACUGGAACUCGACCUACGGAUCCAAUGACUUCUUCGCCUUUUGCGGCAACGUGACUGACCCGGACCCGCCCGAGUCCGUCCGGGAGCUCGACUUCGCCUUAGCAAGCUACACCAAUGGCACUCCCUGGGAUGGUCUAGGCGGCUACGCAGACUACGUGAAAAAGACGGUCUUGCCCCUCUGCCCGCCGCCUUACGAACUCGACAGCAAUGACUGUUUUGGCACGCACAACGCGACGUACUGGGCCGACACCGCCAACGGCGGCACCAGGUCAUACAUAUACACGUCGUGCACCGAGCAAGGUACCUACAUCUCCGCGCCUGAAACUGGGCCCAGCUUGCUGUCCCGUGUUGUCGAUACGAACUACGCGCAGCAGUGGUGCACCUGGGCCUUCCCGGCCGGGAUGUAUAACUCCAUCCCACUUACGCCGGAUACCACGCAGUACGAAAAGUACGGUGGUUUCGACUUCAGCCAGCCGAGGCUAGCUUUUAUCGACGGUGACCAGGAUGUUUGGUUGGACUUGACGUACCAUUCCAACUUUGCACCGUCGCGAGCCGAUAAGACGGGACAGGGCGCCGAAAGCUACUUGAUUACCGGCGCUGGCCAUCAUUGGGAUAGCUACGGCAUACUAGAUGUGUCUGCUGAGCCCCAAUUUAUCCGCGAGGCGCAUAGGUGGGAGAUUAGGACCGUUAAGUCUUGGUUGAGGGAUUAUGAGGAGUGGAAAGCAGCACGGUAGACUCUAGAAAGGCGGUGGCGAGAUCCUGGGCUGCUGCUUGGGGCUGCAAGCAGUUUCUUGCCGCUUCUCAGGGCACGCUCGCCUUCACGCCUUAUGCGUCUCCACUCGCGCAUGAGGCGCUUAUAUGAACUCUCUAGACCUUCACAGUGGGAAUCGGAGUUCAGUGGUGAGGUUUUGGCGAU